GUUCAACUAUGAGCAACAAAUAAUGAAAGCGAGACAAGUCUCUGAAGGAUAUCGCCGAGAGCUUGACAGAUUUAAGGAAAGGUAUUGGUAAUAGCUGUUUAUGUUAUCUUGAAUAUUUUUGUCAUUAUAUCAAUUGAACAAAGAAUCCUAUUCAAUUACUCAAUUUUCCUAAACGGUGGUCGCGCUACUGCUGACAAAACCAUGUAACAAGGUCCACUGGUAAGUGGCGGAAAUUAUAAUCUCUGAAACGAAACUGAAGCAUAGUACACGGUAAAUCAAGUUUAACUUAAAGUUCUAAGUUAGUGUUCCUAGAAACCUCAAAGCAAAUAACUAUUAACAAAGCCUAGACAACCAAAUCGUCAUUUAUUUUGUUUUGCAUUUUAUUGUUGUCAAAGUUGGAGGGGUUUAUUUAGCCAUUCAAUAUUGUUCAUCAUCGAUAGGCAUGCUGCUGUCUCGGAAAGGAGAGUAAGGUCUGAUCAGAGAAGAACUGAAAACACAUUGAGUACCAACAGACAGUCUCAGCUGGAGAGCGAUUACGUCAUCGAAUUUAAGGAUGGCACUCGUGUUGAUGCGAUAGACAUCAUGACAAGUAAAUCUGGACGUCGGAGGGGGAGUAACAACACCACACUGGAGUAUUUAAAGUGCUGUAGAUCGGCGUGCUUCAUAUUUGAGGUACUGUCCUUUACUUGUGUCGUAUUGACUGGUUGAGUUAUGUGUCGAUCUAAUUUAAAGAGUGAAAAUUCAAUCGUUUAGGGAGAAGGAUCAAAGAGGCUUACCUUGGAAUAAAGGAUGUAAGUUUCUAAUUUGGUUUAAUCAACUAAAUUCAUGGUGUAAAUUGGCGAAAGUUAGCUUUAGAAACUCUAUACAGCGACCUUAGAAUUGCUCACCAAACUUAAUGAAACGUAAAUUGCACGACAAACUUCUAGCUUCUUCCAUAUGAAAUAAAGAAGGGAAUCUUGUCUAAACAAGAGAGCUAAACAUGUCUUCCUUUCCGGAUCUAGGUAGCUUAUGACGUUGUUCUAAAGGUGAAAGACUCCUUCAUCAAAUUCACAUCCAGUGUAAUGGAAACCUUAGCCGCUGAGGCUCCCGCGCUAGGGUUAGAUUCCACAUCGUUCCAAAGCAAAGUACGAUUAGUCAAUCAUUGAUCUAAUGUAGUGGUAGACUGAUAAAGAAAUUUCAAAAAGGGCCUUUUUAGUGGAAGAAGGUUUUUUUAACCGAGGUCCAGAGUGCAGACGGGUCUGUCUACAUAGUCUAUUCUGAGGCAUAGGAACAAAUUUGUAAGAACUUCGGAGUGAAGCUAGUGAGGGUCACUGUGGUCUAUUCGUGGCGCACACCCUUCGCGAUUCUUGUGUCUCUCUCUCAAUUGUUUCAAUAAUUCUGAAUAAAAAGGUCUUGGUUUUGAAUUGUAUUUCCAGUGGAUGGAAUUCUUGGUUCGCGCUCGAAGCUUUUAAAACUACUGAAGGACAAUUUUUUUUGCUCUUCUCUAGAAAUUGUAUUGGUGGAGGGACAUUUACAUAUAUUGUGGUAACACAGUAGAAUGUUGUCAGUUCAGUCACAAUUAUGAUUUACGAUCUCCAUAUUUCACUGGCUAGCUCUGGAAUACGCUGUGUAAUAAUCCAAAUGGAGAUGUACAUGCUACUCAAGAUGUGGUCAGCGAGUUGAUGAUUCUCGUCAAAGAAAAGGCGAAGAAACACGAUUUAAAUUCACUUGUUCAGGUAGAUUCAAUGAUCUGCAUUUGUUCCUAAAUGGGUCUUUGGGCUCGAUAGUAUCUUGUUCCUCUUCUACUGAAGCUGUAGAAGUUGGUAAUGUUGAAGCACAAUUUCUUUCGCUCCUCUUCUUUGAACUUCUCCAUUUAUUUGUCAAGACUGAUAAAACCAAAUCAAAUUCACAGUAUAUUCAGAACCAGUUGAGAACUGAUAAAUGAUUGUUUACGGUCUUAACAAAUACCGUGGAGAGUAGAAAAUGAAAAUUGGAAAUCCUGGGUUGAUUUUGCUUUGCCAUCACUAAACGUUUGAGUUUGGUUUUAGGAUUUUAAAUUUUUUUUUCUCGUAGUAAAAAAGUAUUUUCUUCGUCAUUAUUUUUCCGGGGAGCCCCUUCUUAAACCCCUUAAAACUCCCCGUCAAAAUGUAAUCACGUUUUUUCGUUGCGUUAAUUUUCAGGAUGUGAAAAGAUCUAUUUCUGAAAAAUGGACUCGUCACCAAUUGCAAAGAGGAUCUCUUCUUCUUGAAUACGACUCGGAUCUAUUGUAUAGACUGAAUGACUAUAUCAAAUAUUGCACUCAGUUUGCAUGGUGUGCUGUUACACAGGUUCCUCCCCUUAAGGUUGACUACAAGACCACUGAUUAUGACACAAAGGUCCAUGGAGUGAGUCAAGCGUUUAGUCCCUCCGAAGAAAGGAGCCCGUCUCGUCGAAAAAUGUACUCAGAGACACGCAAAAUCAUGUGCUAUCUGUGGCCUACUUUGUUAGACUGUGAUGGAAAAGUUAUCAGGAAAGGAGAAGUACUGUUGCUAUAAUGUGCUAAACUUCUAGAUGGAGAAUUGAUUUUAAGUUAUUCCUUACAAGAAAUGAAUUAUACUUGAAAAAAAUCAGCCACAAUUCUUUCUUUCUUUCUAUUUCUUUUGAAGGGACUUUAACACAUAUUUGUCAUUUACGACGUGGAAGUUAGAUCAGGUUACUAAUAAAAAAAUUAUUUGAUUCUUUAGGCUGUUUCAUUAAAUUAGACCUCGAAGAACUCCAUGAAAUUGACGUGAGAGCUCGUCGAAAAUUUUAAAUUUAAACCCCAGCAGAAAUUCCAUCAGGGCGUGGUUCAAAUGAGGCAACACAUUAAAGCAGGAGGCAGGCAAAACCUGCAAUUAUUUUUGGUAUUAUAAGAUU